AUGUCCACCCCCGACGCCUCGCCCACGGACGACGACGCCGACGCCGUCGCGACGUGCGACGCCGCGCGCGGUCUCCCUCGACACCGCGCCCGCGCGCUCGCCGAUCGUCUCUACUUUCUCGGAUUCUUCGCCCUCCCGUGGCUGUGGGUGUUGAACGCGUGGACGUUCGCCCCGCACGUGGACCCGCGCUCGGCGACGUCCGUGGACCCGCACGUCGCCAAGCGCGCGCGGGCCUCGCGCGCGCUCGCCGUGGGCGCGUCGGUGGUGAUCGCGACGUGGGCGCUGACGUUUUACCUCGGCGGCGCGUCGCUCUUCGGCGUUCGAGCGUUCGAGCGUUUGGCGGUGACGACGGCGCGGUGGUGA